AUGGAUAAAACUUUGCACCUUCUCCAGAAACCUGCAGACCGCGUCCAGACCGGGUUCCCCGUGGAUGUGAGCCUCAACAUGGACGACGGGGAGGACUUCGCGGAGCGCUCCAUCGUGGGGCUUCCAGACAAGAUCCCCGUGGUGAAACCUUAUUUCAAGAAGAAGCAGAGGAAGCUUGACGCAAAAUGCCUCUAUCUGGAUCCGAUCCUGGCCUCUUUGGUGAAGUCGGACCUGGUGUCCAGGGAUGGAGUGUUUGUUUCGCGGAACCACCAGCCCGGCCGGACGCCGGGCACUCUGUGCGCCGCGGCCGUGGUGAAGCAGAGCUGCGUGGGGCAGGUGUGCCUCAAAGACCGGGGGGCUGCGGGGGAGGCCUCGGCUGCGGCCGGGGUUCAGGCUCUGAUUAGCCGGGACAGCGAUGCGGAAAUAGCCGAUACUACUGCGGAGCUGGAGGAGACGGAGCGGCGAGGGGAGCGACCCAAGAUCAGCGUCUCCAGUCCGGACUGCUUUCAGGUGAAAGGCGACCUCAGGGCGGCGGGGAGUGGAGACACAAUCACCCCCCCUGACAGGGAUCUACCUCCCAUAGCUACACCCCUGCAGGCUCCCCAAGAGGGGGCCAUUAAAAGCAAAGACCUCCUAACCUCUGGGGCUAAAGGUGUCCCGGCAAAGGACUACUCAGCCACACAGGACCCCCUCCUGCUGCAGCCAGACAAAGAGGUCCUGUUUGAGAAUAAAAGUGAAGAAGCCUCCCUGGACCUGGUGUUCGAGCUGCUCACACAGCUCCAGUACCACACGCACCAGUCAGACUCCAUAGACAUUUGUGUGGACUUCCUGCAGGGGCGGUGUGUUUAUGGCAACGACUGCGCCCACCACCACACCGUCUUGCCCUACCACUGGCAGAUCCGCAGGAGCAGCUCUCAGACGUGGCAGAGCAUAGCAGACGACUCCCAGGAGCAGCUGGAGAGGCUCUUCUGCAAUCCUGACAAUGAACACGUCAGUCUCAAAUAUCAGGGCCGAGUGUUUACCCUCAACUUUGGCACAAUGCGAGUGUGCGACCUCGAGUUGGACUGCGUCCGGCGGCUGACCACUCCCCCCAGCCCUCUGCCCGCGCCUGCGACGAACCCGAACCCCACGCCCAGCUGUCACACGGUGUGGAAAUACUACUGCAGAGACAACUUUGGCUGGAGGGAAUACUCCGAGCCGGUGGUGAAGCUCAUUGAGGAGGCGAGCUUGAGGGGCUUGAAGGAGGUGCGGUUCAUCACGCUGCAGAACCAGUACAUCCUCAACAUCAAGGAGGGCUUCCAGCAGAACGCUGUGUUCGGCUUCAGGCGGCAGAUCAAGAAAAGGCCCAUGUUCAUGUCGUCCGUGAUGCUCACGCCACACCUACAAACGUUGGGCGGCCUCUCUUUAUCGCCCCUCUCCUCCUCUUCUUCCACCUCUGUCUCCACAUCCUUGGACACCUCACACCCGCUGUCACCAACCACCACCAACCCACCCAGCCUCUUUCCUGAGACAUGGUUGCCAAUGACGAUGAGUCAGGACUUCCUGCGGGUGCCUGUGUCCCGUGAAGAUCGCAGCUACCGGACGGUGCACAGCCUGUUCCACAAGACCGUGUCGGAAACCAAGUUCAGGAUCAUCAAGAUUCAGCGUGUGCAAAACCCCUUCCUCUGGGAGAAGUACAAGAGGAAGAAGGAGUACAUGUCGCGCCGUAUGUCCGAGAUGGACCGCCUCCUGAGCGAGCGUCACCUCUUCCACGGCACCUCGGCCGACGUUGUGGACGGCAUCUGCAAGCACAACUUCGACCCAAGGGUUUGCGGCAAGCAUGCCACCAUGUUCGGCCAGGGUUCCUACUUUGCCCGCAAGGCUGUCUACUCCCACAACUUUUCCAAGCGCUCGCCCAAAGGAGUCCACUGCAUGUUCCUGGCCAAAGUCCUCACCGGCAGGUUUACUGUAGGAAACCCCUCCAUGCGACGACCUCCACCCAUCAACCCCCGUGACCCCUCUAGUGACCUUUUUGACUCCUGUGUAGACAACUGGGUGGACCCUCAGAUCUAUGUCAUCUUCAACGAUGACCAGAGCUACCCGUACUUUAUCAUUCACUACGAGGAGGUACCCAACACAGUUGCCAUAUGAGGCCCACAUCAGAACCUGGUGUCAGGACUUUGCAAAUGCUCCCCCCGCUCAGUCUGCACACGGUUGGAGCGGUGGAGGACUUUUGUCACAUUAAAAGGACGACUAAAGACCAAAAAAGUUUCAAAUUGAGGUGAAGACGGCUCCACUGGAAUAACUUCAUUCAUCUUGUACUUGAAGGAGGUGAACUAUCAGAAAUGUUUGCAAAUGCUCAGUGACCCGGCUCUGCAGUCGACUGGAUCCAGCAGCUUCAGCUGGAAACGACUGGAUUAGCAGACAGAACCCAUUUUUUAAGCUUUCGGAGGUUGAUGACUUGAGUGGACUUGCAUAAUUUUAGUAACUGGUUUAAAUCAGGAACCUGGUGAUGUUUAUCGCUUUUUGUUUGUCUUUCUUUUUUCUUUAAUUAGAGCAGAUUCAGGAAGAAGCAAGCUAUUCCCUUUAUCCUUUAGUCUGUGGUGUGUGUGACUGUAUGUGAACUUGUUUGCAGGGCAAACACUGUUAUGGACAGUUAGCUUCCUGCCAGUACUGUGAACAACCAGCUGGGGAAAUGAUGCUAAAGGCAACGAAACAAACCGGUCGGAAACCUCGUCAGAGUAACAUUA